CGACUUCCGGUGGAGCGGGCGUCGGGUCGCGGCGAGCAGGCUCCAGCGGUGGCGGCGCGAUGACCACUCUCCGGGCUUUCACGUGCGACGACCUGUUCCGCUUCAACAACAUUAAUUUGGAUCCACUUACAGAAACUUAUGGGAUUCCUUUUUACUUACAGUACCUCGCCCACUGGCCAGAGUACUUCAUUGUUGCAGAGGCCCCUGGUGGAGAGUUAAUGGGUUACAUCAUGGGCAAAGCAGAAGGCUCAGUGGCGAGGGAAGAGUGGCAUGGGCAUGUCACAGCUCUGUCUGUUGCCCCAGAAUUCCGACGCCUUGGUCUGGCUGCUAAGCUUAUGGAAUUAUUAGAGGAGAUUUCAGAAAGAAAGGGUGGAUUUUUUGUUGAUCUCUUUGUAAGAGUGUCUAACCAAGUUGCAGUCAACAUGUACAAGCAGUUAGGCUACAGUGUGUACAGGACGGUCAUAGAGUACUAUUCGGCCAGCAACGGGGAGCCCGAUGAGGAUGCUUACGAUAUGAGGAAAGCACUUUCCAGGGACACUGAGAAGAAAUCCAUCAUACCAUUACCUCAUCCUGUGAGGCCGGAAGACAUUGAAUAACCAUGAGCAGUGGUUCUUAGGCUGAUGAUGCUCCAGAUAUUUUAUGGAAAAUAUUAUUUUCAUUAGAUGAUCCUGGAGCUCUAUUAGGAGAAAAGGGAAUCGUUUAGAUCUUAAAGACUUCAAGAGAAAAAACAGGUUAUAAACUUAUUUUCAGUCUUGUUUCCUGUUAGCAAUAUCAUACCUUCUAAAGCUGUCCACUGUAAUAAAAUUCAGCCAAAAAAGGCAGCUAGGUCAAAAGGAAACAUUCCACUGUUAUGGUUCAUAAUGUAAUAUUCAUGGUAUGCUAGGGAAAAAGCUUACUCCAAUCUCCUCCUAAAUUCUGUGCCUGAGAACCACUGCUGCAUAUAUAUUUUUUAUUUUGUAUUGAACUGUUGUUAAUUGAAGCUUUAAAAGCAUAUAUGAAAUGUAUAAAUCUAAGAUGUAUAAUAAAAUGCACUGUUGACUCUA